AGAAACGAUCAUAACCUACUACCAGCCCCUCCCUACAAUACACCUGAAAGAUUGAGAUCUAGCCUGCCCAGAGAGAUCUAGCUAGCUACAGUAUAGUAGCCAUGGCUGUCGUGGCCGAUCAUGCAGUGGUGGAGAUGGAGAUAUCUUUAACUGUGGAGGAGAGGCUGGACAAGCAGAGAUGGUACAUUGGUGAGGUGACCCAGGAGGUUGCAGAGUCCCUACUCUCCUCCAAUAAACAGCCUCACUCCUUCGUGGUCUUCACUCAACCAGACACUCGACAGUACAUUCUCAGUGCAAGGUUUCCACUGGAGGGGUUGGAGGAUGGAGUUAUUGAACAUCUGGCCAUUCGCUGUGAGGAGGGAAGGUGGUGCAUCACUGGACAGACGGACGAGUAUGAUGAUGUCAUCGAGGCUGUGAACUGUUACGUGUUGACCUUUGACCCUCCACUGAUGCCGGCUCUCCAGGGAAAGAGUUUUGAGACUCAGUUCAGUGUCACUAGUGCACCCCCUGAAUAUGACAAAGCCAACAGAGUACUAAAGCCCGACAUAGCUCCCCUACCAGAUAUCACCAAAGUCAAAGUAGCCGACAAGAAAGCAGUGGAAGCUCAGAGUGGGCGUAUCUCCCCCACUGGAAGAAGAGAUAGUGACGAUGACAGCGGUCCUAGAAAUAGGGGGAGAAGACGUCCCUCAUAUAUGAACAGGAGCAUAUGGCUUCGGUACAGCGAGCACCAUCGCUGUCAUCCUAAGAAUGUUUGCUCAGGUUGCUGCUAUAGACCAAAGGAGUGGAGUGGAUACAGAGUCUAUCACCCUCGAAAAUGGUAUAAUCCAAGAGGGUCAGGUCCACUGAGGGUGUUAGCACUGCUCCUGUUCUGGUUGUUCUGUUCUCCAUGCUACGGCUGUUUCAAGUGCUCUGCCAAGCUCAUUACUAUCUGUUUUUUCUGUUGUGCUGCUGUAUGUUGUGGUUACGAUGACAGCUAGCUAGUGACACUGGUUGUGUUUUUAAGAUUUUUGUGAAUUUUAUAUAUUCAAAAAUUAUCAACAAAGUUAGUUAUAACUAGCUUGUUCUGAUGUUAA